AUGCCCUCAUGCCCUCAUGCCCUCAUGCCCUCAUGCCCUCACGCCAUCAUGCCCUCAUGCCCUCAUGCCCUCAUCCCCUCAUGCCCUCAUGCCUUCAUGCCCUCAUGCCCUCACGCCCUCAUGCCCUCAUGCCCUCAUGCCCUCAUGCCCUCAUGCCCUCAUGCCCUCACGCCCUCAUGCCCUCACGCCCUCAUGCCCUCAUGCCCUCAUGCCCUCACGCCCUCAUGCCCUCAUGCCCUCACGCCCUCACGCCCUCACGCCCUCAUGCCCUCAUGCCCUCAUGCCCUCAUGCCCUCAUGCCCUCAUGCCCUCAUGCCCUCACGCCCUCAUGCCCUCAUGCCCUCAUGCCCUCAUGCCCUCAUGCCCUCACGCCCUCAUGCCCUCAUGCCCUCAUGCCCUCAUCCCCUCAUGCCCUCAUGCCCUCAUGCCCUCAUGCCCUCAUGCCCUCACGCCCUCAUGCCCUCACGCCCUUAUGCCCUCAUGCCCUCAUGCCCUCAUCCCCUCAUGCCCUCAUGCCCUCAUGCCCUCAUGCCCUCAUGCCCUCACGCCCUCAUGCCCUCAUGCCCUCAUGCCCUCAUGCCCUCACGCCCUCAUGCCCUCACGCCCUCAUGCCCUCACGCCCUCAUGCCCUCAUGCCCUCAUGCCCUCAUGUACUCCUGCCCUCAUGUACUCAUGCACUCAUGCACUCAUGCCCUCAUGCCCUCAUGCACUCAUGCCCUCAUGCCCUCAUGCCCUCAUGCUCUCAUGCCCUCAUGCCCUCACGCCCUCAUGCCCUCAUGCCCUCAUGCCCUCAUCCUUUCAUGCCCUCAUGCCCUCAUGCCCUCAUGCCCUCAUGCCCUCACGCCAUCAUGCCCUCAUGCCCUCAUGCCCUCAUCCCCUCAUGCCCUCAUGCCCUCAUGCCUUCAUGCCCUCAUGCCCUCACGCCCUCAUGCCCUCAUGCCCUCAUGCCCUCAUGCCCUCAUGCCCUCACGCCCUCAUGCCCUCACGCCCUCAUGCCCUCAUGCCCUCAUGCCCUCAUGCCCUCACGCCCUCAUGCCCUCAUGCCCUCACGCCCUCAUGCCCUCAUGCCCUCAUGCCCUCACGCCCUCAUGCCCUCAUGCCCUCAUGCCCUCACGCCCUCAUGCCCUCAUGCCCUCAUGCCGUCAUCCCUCAUGCCCUCAUGCCCUCAUGCCCUCAUGCCCUCACGCCCUCAUGCCCUCACGCCCUCAUGCCCUCAUGCCCUCAUGCCCUCAUGCCCUCACGCCCUCAUGCCCUCAUGCCCUCACGCCCUCAUGCCCUCAUGCCCUCAUGCCCUCACGCCCUCAUGCCCUCAUGCCCUCAUGCCCUCACGCCCUCAUGCCCUCAUGCCCUCAUGCCCUCAUCCCCUCAUGCCCUCAUGCCCUCAUGCCCUCAUGCCCUCACGCCCUCAUGCCCUCAUGCCCUCAUGCCCUUAUGCCCUCAUGCCCUCACGCCCUCAUGCCCUCAUGCCUUCAUGCCCUCAUGCCCUCAUGCCCUCAUGCCCUCAUGCCUUCAUGCCCUCAUGCCCUCAUGCCCUCAUGCCCUCACGCCCUCAUGCCCUCACGCCCUCAUGCCCUCACGCCCUCAUGCCCUCAUGCCCUCAUGCCCUCACGCCCUCAUGCCCUCAUGCCCUCACGCCCUCAUGCCCUCAUGCCCUCAUGCCCUCACGCCCUCAUGCCCUCAUGCCCUCAUGCCCUCACGCCCUCAUGCCCUCAUGCCCUCAAGCCGUCAUCCCCUCAUGCCCUCAUGCCCUCAUGCCCUCAUGCCCUCACGCCCUCAUGCCCUCAUGCCCUCACGCCCUUAUGCCCUCAUGCCCUCAUGCCUUCACGCCCUUAUGCCCUUAUGCCCUCAUGCCCUCAUGCCCUCAUGCCCUCAUGCCCUCAUGCCCUCACGCCCUCAUGCCCUCACGCCCUCAUGCCCUCAUGCCCUCAUGCCCUCAUGCCCUCACGCCCUCAUGCCCUCAUGCCCUCACGCCCUCAUGCCCUCAUGCCCUCAUGCCCUCACGCCCUCAUGCCCUCAUGCCCUCAUGCCCUCACGCCCUCAUGCCCUCAUGCCCUCAUGCCCUCAUCCCCUCAUGCCCUCAUGCCCUCAUGCCCUCAUGCCCUCACGCCCUCAUGCCCUCACGCCCUCAUGCCCUCAUGCCCUCAUGCCCUCAUGCCCUCACGCCCUCAUGCCCUCACGCCCUCAUGCCCUCAUGCCCUCAUGCCCUCAUGCCCUCACGCCCUCACGCCAUCAUGCCCUCAUGCCCUCAUGCCCUCACGCCCUCAUGCCCUCAUGCCCUCAUGCCCUCACGCCCUCAUGCCCUCAUGCCCUCAUGCCCUCAUCCCCUCAUGCCCUCAUGCCCUCAUGCCCUCAUGCCCUCACGCCCUCAUGCCCUCAUGCCCUCACGCCCUUAUGCCCUCAUGCCCUCAUGCCCUCACGCCCUCAUGCCCUUAUGCCCUCAUGCCCUCAUGCCCUCAUGCCCUCACGCCCUCAUGCCCUCAUGCACUCAUGCCCUCAUGCCCUCAUGCCCUCAUGCCCUCACGCCCUCAUGCCCUCAUGCCCUCACGCCCUCAUGCCCUCAUGCCCUCAUGCCCUCACGCCCUCAUGCCCUCAUGCCCUCACGCCCUCAUGCCCUCAUGCCCUCAUGCCCUCAUCCCCUCAUGCCCUCAUGCCCUCAUGCCCUCAUGCCCUCACGCCCUCAUGCCCUCACGCCCUCAUGCCCUCAUGCCCUCAUGCCCUCAUGCCCUCACGCCCUCAUGCCCUCAUGCCCUCACGCCCUCAUGCCCUCAUGCCCUCAUGCCCUCACGCCCUCAUGCCCUCAUGCCCUCAUGCCCUCACGCCCUCAUGCCCUCAUGCCCUCAUGCCGUCAUCCCCCUCAUGCCCUCAUGCCCUCAUGCCCUCAUGCCCUCACGCCCUCAUGCCCUCAUGCCCUCACGCCCUUAUGCCCUCAUGCCCUCACGCCCUCAUGCCCUCAUGCCUUCAUGCCCUCAUGCCCUCAGGCCCUUAUGCCCUCACGCCCUCAUGCCCUCAUGCCCUCAUGCCCCCAUGCCGUCACGCCCUCAUGCCCUCACGCCCUCAUGCCCUCACGCCCUCAUGCCCUCAUGCCCUCAUGCCCUCAUGUACUCCUGCCCUCAUGUACUCAUGCACUCAUGCACUCAUGCCCUCAUGCACUCAUGCCCUCAUGCCCUCAUGCCCUCAUGCCCUCAUGCUCUCAUGCCCUCACGCCAUCAUGCCCUCAUGCCCUCAUGCACUCAUGCCCUCAUGCCCUCACGCCCUCAUGCCCUCAUGCCCUCAUGCCCUCAUGCCCUCAUGCCCUCAUGCACUCAUGCCCUCAUGCCCUCAUGCCCUCAUGCCCUCAUGCACUCAUUCCCUCACGCCAUCAUGCCUUUAUUCCCUCAUGCACUCAUGCCCUCAUGCCCUCACGCCCUCAUGCCCUCAUGCCCUCACGCCCUCAUGCCCUCAUGCCCUCACGCCCUCAUGCCCUCAUGCCCUCACGCCCUCAUGCCCUCAUGCCCUCACGCCCUCAUGCCCUCACGCCCUCAUGCCCUCAUGCCCUCAUGCCCUCACGCCCUCAUGCCCUCAUGCCCUCAUGCCCUCAUGCCCUUAUGCCCUCAUGCCCUCAUGCCCUCAUGCCCUCAUGCACGCAUGCCCUCACACUAUCAUGCCCUCAUGCCCUCAUGCAAUCACGACAUCAUGCCCUCAUGCCCUCAUGCCCUCAUGCCCUUAUGCCCUCAUGCCCUCAUGCCUUCAUGCCCUCAUGCCCUCAUGCCCUCAUGCCCUCAUGCCCUCAUGCCCCUAUGCCCUCAUGAGCUCAUGCCCUCAUGCACUCAUGCCCUCACGCCAUCAUGCCCUCAUGCCCUCAUGCACUCAUGCCCUCAUGCCCUCACGCCCUCAUGCCCUCAUGCCCUCAUGCCCUCACGCCCUCAUGCCCUCAUGCCCUCAUGCCCUCACGCCCUCAUGCCCUCACGCCCUCAUGCCCUCAUGCCCUCAUGCCCUCAUGCCCUCAUGCCCUCAUGCCCUCAUGCCCUCAUGCCCUCAUGCCCUCACGCCCUCAUGCCCUUAUGCCCUCAUGCCCUCAUGCCCUCAUGCCCUCACGCCCUCAUGCCCUCAUGCCCUCACGCUCUGAUGCCCUCAUGCCCUCAUGCCCUCACGCCCUCAUGCCCUCACGCCCUCAUGCCCUCAUCCUUUCAUGCCCUCAUGCCCUCAUGCCCUCAUGCCCUCAUGCCUUCAUGCCCUCAUGCCCUCAUGCCCUCAUGCCCUCACGCCCUCAUGCCCUCAUGCCCUCAUGCCCUCAUGCCCUCACGCCCUCAUGCCCUCACGCCCUCAUGCCCUCACGCCCUCAUGCCCUCAUGCCCUCAUGCCCUCAUGUACUCCUGCCCUCAUGUACUCAUGCACUCAUGCACUCAUGCCCUCAUGCACUCAUGCCCUCAUGCCCUCAUGCCCUCAUGCCCUCAUGCUCUCAUGCCCUCACGCCAUCAUGCCCUCAUGCCCUCAUGCACUCAUGCCCUCAUGCCCUCACGCCCUCAUGCCCUCAUGCCCUCAUGCCCUCAUGCCCUCAUGCCCUCAUGCACUCAUGCCCUCAUGCCCUCAUGCCCUCAUGCCCUCAUGCCCUCAUGCACUCAUUCCCUCACGCCAUCAUGCCUUUAUUCCCUCAUGCACUCAUGCCCUCAUGCCCUCACGCCCUCAUGCCCUCAUGCCCUCACGCCCUCAUGCCCUCAUGCCCUCACGCCCUCAUGCCCUCAUGCCCUCACGCCCUCAUGCCCUCAUGCCCUCACGCCCUCAUGCCCUCACGCCCUCAUGCCCUCAUGCCCUCAUGCCCUCACGCCCUCAUGCCCUCAUGCCCUCAUGCCCUCAUGCCCUUAUGCCCUCAUGCCCUCAUGCCCUCAUGCCCUCAUGCACGCAUGCCCUCACACUAUCAUGCCCUCAUGCCCUCAUGCAAUCACGACAUCAUGCCCUCAUGCCCUCAUGCCCUCAUGCCCUUAUGCCCUCAUGCCCUCAUGCCUUCAUGCCCUCAUGCCCUCAUGCCCUCAUGCCCUCAUGCCCUCAUGCCCCCAUGCCCUCAUGAGCUCAUGCCAUCAUGCACUCAUGCCCUCGCACCAUCAUGCCAUCAUGCCCUCAUGCCCUCAUGCCCUCACGCCCUCACGCCCUCAUGCCCUCAUGCCCUCAUGCCCUCACGCCCUCAUACCUCAUGCCCUCAUGCCCUCACGCCCUCAUGCCCUCACGCCCUCAUGCCCUCAUGCCCUCAUGCCCUCAUGCCCUCAUGCCCUCAUGCCCUCACGCCCUCAUGCCCUUAUGCCCUCAUGCCCUCAUGCCCUCACGCCCUCAUGCCCUCAUGCCCUCAUGCUCUCAUGCCCUCAUGCCCUCAUGCCCUCACGCCCUCAUGCCCUCACGCCCUCAUGCCCUCAUCCUUUCAUGCCCUCAUGCCCUCAUGCCCUCAUGCCCUCACGCCCUCAUGCCCUCAUGCCCUCACGCCAUCAUGCCCUCAUGCCCUCAUGCCCUCAUCCCCUCAUGCCCUCAUGCCCUCAUGCCUUCAUGCCCUCAUGCACUGACGCCCUCACGCCCUCACGCCCUCAUGCCCUCAUGCCCUCAUGCCCUCACGCCCUCAUGCCCUCACGCCCUCAUGCCCUCAUGCCCUCACGCCCUCACGCCCUCAUGCCCUCAUGCCCUCAUGCCCUCACGCCCUCAUGCCCUCACGCCCUAAUACCCUGA